CCAGCAGACCCCCGGCCAUUAAACAAUGUAGAGAAACUCUUGAGGACACUCAAUCUCAAUCUGGACUCCAAAUUAUUGGCAGGAAAGAAACCCACCGGAAAGCGUUUUGUUAAAAAGUAUUUUUCCCGAACUCUGCGUGGUUUUAAACUGUGCAAUGAGUACUUCUCUGGAGUACUUGUAUUCCAAAGAGCAGCAAACCAUGGAUAACCUGGAGAAACAACUGAUUUGCCCUAUCUGUUUGGAAAUGUUUAGCAAACCGGUGGUCAUUCUUCCUUGUCAGCACAACCUUUGUCGAAAAUGUGCCAAUGAUAUUUUCCAGGCCUCUAAUCCUUACCUACCAACCAGAGGAGGCAACACAGUGGCUGCAGGCGGUCGAUUCCGAUGCCCUUCUUGCAGGCAUGAAGUGGUCUUGGACAGACAUGGGGUUUACGGGCUGCAAAGAAACCUUCUGGUGGAGAAUAUCAUUGAUUUGUAUAAACAGGAGUCUACCAGUAGUAGUAAGUCGGGCCCUGAGAGGAAACGUGACCAGCCCAUGUGUGAAGAGCACGAAGAUGAGAAAAUCAACAUCUACUGUGUGACGUGUGAAACACCCACAUGCUCCUUAUGUAAAGUCUUCGGAGCUCAUAAAGACUGCGAGGUGGCUCCCCUGGAUAAGGUUUUCCAAAGGCAAAAGUCUGAAAUAAAUGAUGGGAUAGCAAUGCUGGUUGGCAACAAUGACAGAAUUCAGGGGAUAAUCAGUCAGCUGGAAGAGUCUUGCAGAACCAUUGAGGAUAACUGCAGGAGACAGAAGUCACAAGUGUGUGAAAAGUUUGAUUUCUUGUAUGCAAUCCUGGAAGAAAGGAAAGGAGAGAUGACUCAGAAAAUCACAAGUGAACAGGAGGAGAAGCUCCAGUACGUCCGGACUCUGAAAAAGAAAUAUGGUGAUCAUCUGGAGGCAGUGUCCAAGAUGGUGGAGUCUGGAAUACAGUCAAUGGAUGAGCCCGAAAUGGCUCUUUUUCUGCAGAAUGCUAAACCGCUUGUAAAAAAAAUUACUGAAGCCUCUGACAUAUCACAUUUUGAAAAGGUGGAACGUGGCUAUGAAAAUAUGGAUCACUUCGAAGCCAAUUUUGAGAGAGAAGGCAAGGCACUGCGGAGUAUAGAUUUUAUCAAAGAGGAAGAGGCGGAGGAAGAGGAGGAGGCAGAGGAAGGAGAAGAGGAGGAAGGAGAGGGAGAUGAGGAGGUCCACACGGAGCCUGAACAGUCUGACGGAGAAGAGGGAGCCACAGAGACGCAGGUGACAAAGUCGGAGCAGAUGGCAGUGAAGAGUGAGGCCGCUGCCGAAGCUGCUUGCCCUCCCACUGGGGAAUCUCCGCCUCAUCCAGCCGAUAUGCCUGAGGAGGUUGGUUCUGAUAGCAUGGCAAGUGGACAAAAUGAAAAUCAACAAAACACUGACGAUAAAGGCGGCCAGGGACCUCGUCAUGUUUUCUCAUUUUCCUGGUUAAACUCACUCGCCGAAUAAACGCAUUCUUUCGAUUAGAAGCCACUGCGAAAGGAUUGCAUAGAAAAAACAAAACAUCGGCAGAUAUGCUAUGAACUAUUCCCCCGAUGUACUGUUUAUUGUAUGUCUAAUUAAACUAAAUGGCACGCGUC